UCCAUUAACCCAUACCCACAAGACAAAAUAAUCCUUAAACCUUAAACCCUUCCCAAAAACACAACCUUAUUAGCGUCGCGCAGCAAUUUCUUCUCCGAAACAAUCCAAACUUUUACGAUGAAUCGCAUGAAAGCAAUAACCACUUCCCUCAAAUUCCUCAAAUCAUCAUCAUCAUCAUCACGCGCUACACAAGUUCUUGCAACUGGGUACCAGGUUUCUCAUUUUUCUUCUUCCUCCUUUUCACUUCCUAUGUUGAAUCGUUCACACAAUUUAUUACCUUUUCACAACAGUCAUAAAAAACACUAUUUUUCUUCAAAACCCAACUCAAUUUUAGAGCGUGUUUACACCAAUGAUUGGUCUGAAGAGUUAGAGAAAGAAUUUGAAGAAUGUCGUGAAUCAUUGACCCAUGAAACUGUUGUUUAUGUUUUGAAGCGAUUGGAUAAUAACCCUCUUAAAGUUUUCACCUUUUUCAAUUGGGUCAGUGAGAAAGAGUGGUUUAUGGCUAGUUCUUCGGCUUAUAGCUUGGUUCUCAGGAUUUUAGCUAGGAAUAAGAAUAUGAAAGAGUUUUGGAUUGUUCUUAAGGCUAUGAAGGAAAAUGGGUUUUAUUUAGAUGAAGAGACACAUUUGAUACUUUCGGCAGAUUUGAAAAAGGCGAAGAUGAAGAGUGAUGUUGUUGAGUAUUCACGUUUCUAUAAAGGGAUGCUUGAGCAGGAUGCAAUGCAGAGUGUUGUCAAAAAGGUGGUUGGUAUUAUUUCAGGGUCUGAUUGGGACAAUGAGAUUGAGAAUGAACUCGAGAAGGUUAAAAUUCAACUUUCGGACAAUUUCGUGAUUAGGGUUAUGAAAGAGCUUCGAAAUAGUCCUUUAAAGGCUUAUAAGUUUUUUCAUUGGGUUGGAAAGCAAUCUGGUUAUCUACAGAAUACAGUGACUUAUAAUGCAGUUGCUAGAGUUCUUCCUAGAAUGGAGUCAAUUGAGAAGUUUUGGAGUAUUCUUGAGGAGAUGAAGAGUGUCGGUCAUGAAUUGGAUCUUGAUACUUACAUUAAGAUAUCGAGGCAGCUUCUAAAUAAUAGGAUGAUGGAGGACAGUGUCAAGCUUUACGAGCAUAUGAUGGAUAGUUCAUAUAAGCCUACAGCUCCGGAUUGCAUUGUGCUUUUAAAGAGCCUAUCUACAAAGGAUAAGCCAGAUUUGGAUUUAGUUUUCAGGGUAACUAAGAAAUUUGAGUCAACAGGGUAUACUCUUUCCAAGGCAGUCUAUGAUGGUAUUCAUAGGUCUUUGACAGGUGCUGGGAAAUUUGAUGAAGCUGAAAAGAUUGUCGAGACCAUGAAAAAUGCUGGCUACGAACCAGAUAACAUCACAUACAGUCAACUUAUUUUCGGAUUUUGUAAGACGAGGAGGUUCAAAGAAGCACUUAAGGUAAUCGAUCAUAUGCAAGCUAUCAAUCUUUGGGUUGACAUCAAGACUUGGACCAUCUUGAUCCAAGGGUACUGUGAUGCCGGCGAACUAGAUGGUGCGUUACUUGGUCUUUAUAAGAUGAUGGAAAAGUCUUCCAGUCCAGAUGCUGAAUUGUUGGAAGUACUGGUUGAUGGUUUUAUUAAGCAAAAGAGAAUAGACGAUGCAUACAAGUUGCUUCUAGAGAUAUCUGGCAAGUGUCAUUUAAGUCCAUGGCAAGCUACAUUCGAGAAACUGAUUGAUAGUCUAUUAAGAGUCAGAAAGUUUGAGGAGGCGCUCGACCUUCUUCGUUUGAUGAAGUCUAAACAAUGCUCUCCAUACCAUGAACCAUUUGCAUCAUAUAUUUCGAAGUUUGGGACCGUGGAGGAUGCUGUGGAAUUCCUGAAAGCAUUGAGUAUAAAAAAUUACCCAUCUCAAACAGUUUACCUCCAAAUUUUUGAAUCCUUAUUUCAAGAAGGUAGACUUUCAGAGGCCAAAGAUCUAUUGUACAGGUGUCCUCACCAUAUCCGGGAAAAUAUUAAAAUCUCCAAACUUUUUGAUUCAUCCAAGAGUCAGGCGACCGAGAGUCAAAUGGCUGCUACUUGAUCCCUAUUUUUUUGUACGUACGGGGCAAAAAACACUUGUGUAAACCUGUAAUUUCAUCACAGAGAGCAAUUUUUUUAGAGGGUUUACUCAUCACAGCUUCUGUGUUCAUCUAACAGAGUAUGACCUUUCUGAGUGCUGUUUUUAGGUGACAGUUAAGCUUCAAAGGUUUUUGUUUUCAUUUUU